AUGACCGUUGGUGAGGAUGAGGAGGAAGGGGAAGAUGAGGAAGGUGAAGAGGAGGAGGGAGUGGAUGAGGAGGAGGAAGCUGGAGGGGGUGAUGGCCAUGGUGCUGCUGCUACAGGCAGACACGAGCGCCUCAAAGAUCGUCCACGCUUCGUGUCGUGUCAGACGCCGUCGUUCACUUUCCUUGCCGUCCCCUCAGCUCAUACCACAUCUCCGCUCUCCUCCACCCCUCUUCUGCUUCCCCUCAAAUUUUCCCCUACUCCCCACCCACCCAACCUCUCUCACUCCCCCCUCUCCCACUCGCCCCUCUCCCACUCGCCCCUCUCCCACUCCCCUCUCUCCCACUCCCCUCUCUCUCACUCCCCUCUCUCCCACUCCCCUCUCUCCCACUCCCCUCUCUCCCACUCCCCUCUCUCCCACUCCCCUCUCUCCUACUCCCUCGCCUCCCUCCCCUCUCUCCCACUCCCCUCUCUCCCGCUCGCCCCUCUCUCCCGCUCGCCCCUCUCCUACUCCCUCGCCUCCCACUCGCCCCCAGCCCAUUCGCCCAGCGCAUGGAUCACAUGCUCACGCCACAGGAGCUCUUCUUGCUGCGAGGUCCAGUGGCUCUUCUUGCUGUGGUUCUGCAGGGAGAGGCAAGGCGUUCAAGUUGUCCCACCCCACUCUCCCCCAACUCCCUCUCCACUCUCCCCCUUCUCCCACCCUCCCCCUCGCCCACUAUCCCCAGCGCAUGGGUCACAUGCUCACUCCACAGGAGCCCUUCUCGCUGGGAGGUGCAGUGGAGUGACCUCGGUGGUGCAUGAAGCUGCAAGGCGUUCACAUUCGGCGCAACAUGUUCGCAUUGCCCCCCACUCUCCCCCUCCCCCCUCGCCCACUCUCCCCAGCCCAUUCGCCCAGCGCAUGGAUCACAUGCUCACGCCACAGGAGCUCCUCUCGCUGGGAGCUUCUGCUGACACCAAUGCUGCUGCAACUGCUGCUGCUGCUGCUGCUGCUGCUGUUGCUGCUGCUGUCACAGGUGCAGGACGGAAGGGCAAGGGCAAAGGCAAGGGCAGUGGCAGUGGCGGUGGCAGUUCCAGUGGCUUGGGUGGUGCAGGGGGCGGCAAGCCACUCAAGUUUUCGUACGAGUGGCCGGCAAUCGGCGUUCCGGGCGGCAAGUGGGUGGCUGACCAUGCACUUCCCUGGUCCGCUGCUGCCGCUGAUAAGGAUAAAAAUGAGGAUAAGGAGACUGUGAAGGAUAAGAAUAAAGAUAAGCAUAAGGAGGCGGAGGAGGAGGAGGUGGAUGCGUGGGAGGGGUUCAAGGGACGGCUGAAGGAGCAUUGGGGGAGAGUGGUGGAGGAGGAUUAUGAGCAGCUGCUGGGGUUGAGGCAGGGGGGUGGAGGCAGCAGCAGCAGCAGCUGUAAUGGCAACAGUGAUGGCGGGGGGAAGCGGAAGAGAGGGAAGAAGAGUCUAGCAGCAGUGGAAAAUGGGUCGGCUGGUGGUGCCUCUUCAGGUGAAGCCGUGGCAGCAGUGGGUGCAAGUGAUGGGUUUGCGAGCGACCAUCAACGGCAAUUCUUCUCCCUCUGCACGUCAUACACGGAUGUGCUGCAUUCGCGACGUCCGUGCGCACAGUCCAAGUUCGGCACGCCUCUGGACGCUCAGGCCCUCACCGACGCCUACCUUCUGCAUGCAGAGGGGAAGCAAGCGGCAGAGCAAGCAGCGGAGGAGGGGAAGGGAGAGGAGAUGGAGGAAGAAGGGACGGAGAGUGUGCUUUUCAAGAAGGGAGGAAACGGCGGGAAGAGAGGGAGGAAAGGGCCAGGCGGGGUGGUGAUGGAUGGGAAGGAGUUGGUGGAGGUGGAGAAUAUCCCAAGGGACCAGGGCUUCACCAGACCCAAGGUGCUGCUGCUGCUUCCAUACCGCAACAGUGCGCUGAACGUGGUGCAGCGGCUGCUGCGAGUAACACCCCCGCAAUCCAAGGUCAGUGGUGUGGUCUGA